UACUGCUUGCGCAGCCUUGUCAGCUUUCUCUCGCUCUCGUCUCUAUCCCUAUGAAGUACGAGGAAAAGAACUGACUUUUCCAGUUGCGCUGGCGGAUAUCGAGGAAGAUGAGGGCUUGUUCAUUAUCCCACGUUCAGCGGUCCUCAACACAACCACAGCUCUCACUGCUACCGAUACUGCUACCACUCCAGCCAUUUUAGAAAUGCCCAGCUGGUUGGCUCUCACUGCAAUCAUCCUCGCCGAAGGAAGCCGACAGGAUUCUAUAUGGGCACCAUACCUUGCGCUACUACCUCGAGAACUGGACAGUCUGGUCUUCUGGUCGGCAGCAGAGCUGCAGGAACUACAAGCCAGUACGGUGGUGAGCAAAAUCGGACGAUCUGCUGCCGAAGACAUGUUCUCCCAACACAUCACUCCGCUGCAGUUAGAGAAUGGAAGUGUAGAGAUGUGCCACCGAGUCGCAUCGAUUAUCAUGGCCUAUGCAUUCGACAUCCCUGAGAAGGAAAGCCAGGAGGAAGCUGAUACUGCGGAAGGAGACGACUUAGUUUCGGAUGACGGAGAGGACGAAAAGACAAUACUGGCCAUGAUUCCCCUUGCGGAUAUGCUUAACGCCGAUGCUUCAAGGAACAAUGCCCGCCUCUGCUGCUAUGAUGAAAACCUGGAAAUGAGAAGUAUAAUGCCUAUUUCUAAGGGAGAAGAGAUAUUCAACGACUAUGGUCAGCUUCCCCAAUCAGAUCUCCUCCGCCGCUAUGGUUAUACCACCAACAAUUAUGCUGUAUAUGAUGUCGCCGAAGUCUCGACGAAAUCUAUCCUUGCAUUCCUCGCCAAGGGGCAAUUGCUGAGCGCGGACAAUACUCUUUCCCCAUUGAGCCGUGAGCAGCUGGACCGACGAGUUGAAUUAGCGCAGCGCGAAGGUGUGUACGAAGACUCCUUUGAUAUCUGUCACUCUGGCCCAGAUGGCCCAAGCAUCCCGGACGAACUACUGGGGCUCUUGUUUUUAUUACUAGUGGACGAAGAAAAUCUAGCCGCUAUCGAAUCGUCUCAAGCUUCCCUUUCAAGUCGCCUUAAGCUUGCAACAGUUCUGGUUGGAAAGGUACUGGCUGUCAUUCUCGAAUCGCGUGCCAAAGAGUACUCGACGACUAUUGAGGAGGAUCGAGCUCUCCUGCAAGCUGGAAACCUCACAAGUCGACACAUCAUGGCGAUUCAAGUGCGACUGGGAGAGAAGCUGGUCCUGGAAGAAGCCAUACAGGAAGCCAAAUCUUUCACGGGCAGCGACAAGAAGAUGCGACUGAAGCACGACUCGGCGCCUAAAACCCAUAGCGGGAAAAGGAAGGUAGAAGAUGACGCGGCAGGAAGAAAGAAGGGAAGAGUCAGAUGAUAAGCAACGAUCGCAAGCACAACUAGUGGCACACUUUUGUUGUUACAAGCGUCGAGUCGUAUGAGCGGCAUCUGGUCUAGAGAGAAAAUUGAUACUCGGGCAAUGAACGCAGAAACGAAUGAAAUGCUAGACCUGGGAACGUUACAAGUUACCCGUUCACCUCCCUUAUACCGGGGGGAACGUCUGUCUAUUUUGACAAGUAUGCGCUGGCCCAUUUCCGUUGACAACGCCUUGAAAUCCAAAGGAACAUCCGUAAGUGAUGCCCUGCAAAGAACUAUGAUGUACAUAAUGUUCAACAAGCACACGCAUGGUGUUAGUGGUGUGGGUUGUGGGUUGUGGGGAGAACUGUCGUUCUUCAAGCGCUUCAAGUCGGCGCUUGAGGUUGUGGUUGCGCAGACGUUUGUUGUCCUGUCGCAACUACUCGAUUUGCUGGACUGAUGCCAGUGUUUCUAGCUUGCUGGAUCGAUCGCUCAUCUUGUCGAGAACGCUGAUUUUGUGGAUUCAGGUGAGCAGGAAAGGGUAUGGUUGCACGAAAUCGAAGAGCUUUCGUGUCAUAAGGAUCUACCUCGUACACCGGUUGCUCAUCAUCGUCAUCUUGGUCAUACUUCCAGCGAUCGGACAUUUCUGUAUCUACUCCCCUCUGUGGAGCAGCCAUUCCUCUACGGUCGAUCCAAAGUCGGCCACCUCUACCGAUUCUUCUUCGAUAAGCUGGCUGCCCACGGGGCUCAUCUUCUUCUGGAGGAGAACCAUAUCGGAACGAGAAGGGCUCAGAUUUUUCCUGGACCGGAGAGAGGUGGUCGAAGGACUCUGAUGUCACGGAAGAUGGAGGAGUCAUCAGAUACUGAUACUGAGCUGUGGCAGGUCGGAAACCCAUCUCAGCACCUUGUCCAUGGACUGGUGACAGUGGCUCUCGAGUCAGAUCAACAUGGCCCAAGUUCCAUUUGCGGUGUUGCUGGGCUUUCUCUUCGAUCUCUAUCUGAAGAGCAUUUUCCUUUUGGGCCACUAUGUCACUCAGCAAAAUGAGGUCAGCGUCGAGGGCUUUGCCAUCUGGUCUUCCUUGGAAGCGCAUCUGCGACCCAGGCAGGCGGGGUGGUUGAGCAAAGUCGGCUAUCUUCCUCUUCUGUGG